CCUACAAGCAAAUGUAAACAAUCCGCCAACGCCUGUGGUGGUAAACUUAAUAGUUAAGGCAAGAGCAGCUUGAGGUGAACUAAGAAUGAAUCGAAUGCAGAAAAACAGGUUGACUCGGCCUCCUGGCAGUCAAGGAGCUGAGCUUGAAAAUCAGUUCAUUCUUCGGUUGCCCUUGUAUUUACAGGCCCAAGCACAAAAUUUGAAGGAAGCUAUUAAGCAGGGACAGACAAACAUCAAAGACCGGCUUUCCAUCCAGCUGGACUUCACCAAUGACAAAGAUGACAUGCGCAAUGGUAUCAUCACCUUUGAUACCAUCAUGUACAAAGCAAGGCUUGUGGAUAUCCCUACAAUUAUGGAAACCUGGAAGACCAUUGAUGGCAAGAAUUUCUACAAAACUGCUGAUGUUUGUCAGAUGCUGAUGGUACGCGAAGAGGAGGAUCCCCCAGAGGAAGAGGAUCCGAAGAAGAAGCGUCGUGAUCCUAAUAAAGUUGACAAGAAAUACCUGUGGCCACAUGGCUACACACCUCCCCUCAAAAAUGUCCGCAAGAGACGUUUCCGCAAAACUCUACGCAAAAAGAAUUUAGACCUACCAGAAAUUGAGAAAGAAGUAAAGCGUUUAUUAAGAACAGAUAACGAAGCCAUUAGUGUGCGGUGGGAGGUUGUACGCGAAGAAGAUGAAAAGAAGAAUAAUGCUGACACUAACUUAUCGUCUUCUAACUUAGAUGAACAACUAUUUGGAGAAGUAUUGAGUUCAUCAGACGAUGAGGUUGGUGCCACGAUCAACAUAUUGGACGAGGAUGAUGACUCUCGUCUCUCAGUUGACGACAGCAGAUUCUCGGAGUCGUACAUGAAUGAGACUGGCAAUAGUCCCUCGAGCAAGUCAAAUGCUGCCCCUCUGGUGACCAACUUCUCGGGAAUGUUCUGCAACGAAGGCGACUCGUCCUCCUCCAAGCCCCAGACACCCACCCCGACUAAGCCUAGCUCUAGCAAAGGCAAAGCCAAGCGCUCAACAGCCGCCAAAAAGACAGUCUCGACAGCAGGCGGGCAUGUCCGACCAACAGAGGAAGGAAGUCAUUCCUCUGAGGGCACCAACAAGCUAUAUGCUCGUUUGUCAAACCUGGAGAAUGAUCUAACUAUGCUGACAUCGCAACGUGCAGCUCAAGAGGCUGAAAUUGCAAAUAUUGAGAAUCUGGCUCUAAAACAGAGAUUUGUGACCAAGUUAGCUGACAUAGAAACACUGAUUAGAGAGAAGGAAUACGAGAUCAACGAAGUGAGGAGCAUGCUGCAAGACUAAUCACAAAAGGAGAAAGGAGAAUCUGCAUUAUUAUGAAUAAUAAUGAUUAUAUCAAAAUGCAGAAACUAAGACAGACUGAUCUUAUGUCAUUGUGUACACAACAUUUACGUGUGUGUGUGUGAGUGUGUGUGUGUGUGUGUGUGUGUGUGUGUGUGUGUGUGUGUGUGUGUGUGUGUGUGUGUCUGUGUCUGUGUCUGUGUCUGUGUCUGUGUCUGU